GACAUCGCAAUUGCUCCCAUGACAAUCACUUCGGAACGUGAGCGAGUGAUCGACUUCAGUAAACCGUUUAUGUCACUGGGAAUUAGCAUCAUGAUCAAGAAACCGAUUAAACAGAAGCCAGGGGUGUUCAGCUUUUUGAAUCCAUUGAGCAAAGAAAUUUGGGUCUGCGUGAUCUUCUCAUACAUCGGUGUAUCCAUCGUUCUCUUUACCGUAUCCAGAUUCUCGCCCUAUGAAUGGAGAGUGCUGACUCUCAGCAGUAGUGCGGACUCGACAAUGGCAGGGAGAAAUGAUCCCACGUUGCAACACCCCCAUGGAUCGCAAGGAUCUCCUCACAUGCCGACUUCCAGCAUGGCAAACGAUUUCAGUAUUAUCAACAGCCUUUGGUUCGCUUUAGCAGCAUUCAUGCAACAGGGUUGCGACAUAUCACCCAGAUCAAUAUCGGGAAGAAUAGUGGGCAGCGUCUGGUGGUUUUUCACGCUGAUUCUCAUCUCCUCGUACACUGCCAACUUAGCCGCGUUUUUAACUGUCGAAAGAAUGGUCGCACCGAUUAACUCGCCGGAAGACCUGGCUUCCCAGACGGAAGUGCAAUACGGCACGCUAUCUCAUGGAUCAACUUGGGACUUUUUUCGCAAAUCGCAAAUUAGCCUUUAUAGUAAGAUGUGGGAGUUCAUGAAUUCUAGAAAGCACGUGUUUGUGAAAACGUACGACGAAGGUAUACGGAGGGUGAGAACGAGCAAAGGGAAGUACGCUCUUUUGAUUGAAAGCCCAAAGAACGAGUACAUAAAUGAGAGGGAGCCUUGUGACACGAUGAAGGUCGGCAGAAAUCUCGAUGCCAAAGGUUUCGGUGUUGCCACGCCACUGGGAUCUCCCCUAAAGGAUCCCAUAAAUUUGGCAGUAUUGUCAUUGAAAGAGAACGGUGAACUGACGAAACUGGUAAACCGAUGGUGGUACGACAGAACGGAAUGCAGGCACGGUGACAAGCAAGACGCUUCCAGGAACGAAUUGUCGCUGAGCAACGUGGCAGGAAUAUUCUACAUCCUGAUCGGUGGUUUACUCCUAGCAUUGGCCGUCGCGUUACUAGAAUUCUGCUACAAAUCCCAUACAGAAGCGACAAGAGCGAAGAUACCGUUGUCGGACGCGAUGAAAGCGAAAGCCCGACUGACGAUCGGUGGCGGCCGAGAUUUCGACAACGGCCGGUACUACGCUCCAGCAAACGCGAUUGGGAAUACGGAGGGCGACCAAGUACACAGCAAUACGCAUACCCAAGUAUAAAUUACGAGGAGAGCCCAGGCGAGUCGCCCGCCAUCUCCCUGCCCACGCCACCACCGCCGCCGCUGACGGUGGCCCUGCCUACGCCGCCGCCAC